AUGCAGAUCUUUGUGAAAACACUCACCGGCAAGACUAUCACCCUCGAGGUGGAGUCAAGCGACACCAUUGAUAAUGUCAAAGCUAAGAUUCAGGACAAGGAAGGCAUUCCUCCGGACCAGCAGAGGUUGAUCUUCGCCGGAAAACAGUUGGAGGAUGGCCGCACCCUCGCCGACUAUAACAUCCAGAAAGAGUCAACACUGCAUCUUGUUUUGAGGCUUCGUGGUGGUAUUAUUGAGCCAUCUUUGAUGGCAUUGGCCAGGAAAUACAAUCAGGAUAAGACAAUCUGCCGCAAGUGCUAUGCACGUCUGCACCCUCGUGCUGUCAACUGCAGGAAAAAGAAGUGUGGACACAGCAACCAGUUGAGGCCCAAGAAGAAGAUCAAGUAG